AGUCCCAGUGUGUGCUGAUCAAGCGGCCAACCUUUCUACUGUACGCCAAAUCAAGCCCUGCGAUGAUUCGCGGGUUUGCCGUUGGCAUUAAAUCGCAGGAAGCGAUCGUUCCGGUGACCGAUCUCGGUGCCCACAUCACAUUCGAUUAUCACAUCGAAGAGCAGCUGAUCUUCUUCUCCCACCGCUACAAGGACUCUCCUUCGUUCCGCAUUGAGCGGCAGCGCUUGGACGGUACCGGUCGUGAGCUACUCCUAGAGGCCCCAGGAUCGUGCGAUGGCAUUGCGUACGAUUGGCUUGGUGAUAACAUUUACUGGACCGAUUCGGACCGGAAUCAAAUCUCUGCUUUGAAACUCCGCGGAAAUCCUCGGAUACGGCUGACGGUUCUGAGGCAUCUUUAUGCUCCCAAGUCUAUCGUGCUGGAUCCCAAGCAGGGUUGGAUGUAUUGGUCUUCAUGGUCCGUUCCUAGUGGACGCAUUGAUCGUGCCUGGAUGAACGGAACCGGAAUGGAACCGCUGGUCAUCAGCAAGGAGCGUCCGAUCGAGUGGCCAACGGGACUGUCGCUGGAUGCUAGCGAAGGUCGCCUGUACUGGUGCGAUGCACGAUUGAGUACGAUCGAGAGUGUCAAUUUGGACGGUACUAAUCGUGUGCUGCUGUACGAUGGUCGGCCAGAGAAACAGUUUCCAAUCUCAUUGGCCGUCCACCGACAGUUGCUUUACUUUGCCGACAACGUGAAGGGUCACAUCGAGAAGCUUAAUUUAAGUGAUCCUCAUUCGUUGGAAACGAUCGCCAUCGAGAAGCCGCAAGUGUUUGGGUUGAAGAUCUUCGACAAUCUUACCCAGUACGGUGGAGAGAGGGCACCGUGCGAGGCCACUUGUCCCGGGCUGUGUCUCAACACACCGACGGGUUUAAGCUGUAGGUGCGCCAACGGAUAUACGCUCUCUACCGACCAGGGUUUUACUGUUUGCGUUCAGUACAGUGUGCAGCACACGGUUGCGACGUGCAACAAUGCGACGCACUUCCUCUGCCGGAACAAGUAUGAUUGCAUCGAUCUGAAGUACACCUGUGAUGGGGACACCGAUUGCGAGGAUGGUAGCGAUGAGGAGGGCGGCGAGAAUGGGCCGUGUGAUCCGAACUGUGAUCUCGAGCACAACUUCCAGUGUGAUGAGCAUCGCUGCAUUAGCCGGAAACAGGUGUGCGAUGGUUCGGUCGAUUGUAUCGAUGAAAGUGAUGAGGAUUACGCAAACUGUCCGAGUUUGACGUGCAAAGAGAACUUCUUCCAGUGCAACAUUAGCCGAAGGUGCAUCCCGAAUGCCUGGGUAUGCGAUCGGCAUCUCGACUGUGGUCCGAACGAUAGGUCGGACGAACCGGAACACUGCAAUCAGUGCCCAGAGUUUGAGUGUAAGAACAACGUCUGUGUGCCGUACGAGUUUCUCUGCGAUGGAGUCAACAACUGUGGGGACCUCUCCGACGAGCAACAGUGUGAUGUGCAGUGUGGUCCGGAUGAGUUCUUCUGCAGUCCGCACGGUUGCAUCGACAAAUCGUUGUGUAAUCCAAGUUUAAACUGCCUGAAUGCAUUCAACGAGUGCGAGAAGCUGAUGAAACCGGCCACCGGAGGGGAUGGCCACGUCACCAAUGGCACACAGGAACGGCCUGCACCGGCGCUACCAACGGAAGCGGAGCUGAAAGAUGCGUGCCGUGUCGAUUUGCGGAUCAUCUGUGGAUCAGAUCAGCGCUGCAUACAGAACUACAAUCGUGUGUGCUCCCGGAUGGACUUUGCACCAGCGACGACCAAUGAGACCGUUACGUGUCACCAUCCCGAUCGGAUCUGCCGGGUAACGAACGAAUGCAUAACGGUGGCAAAGUUAUGCAACGGACGAACCGAUUGUCCCGAUGGAACGGAUGAGGGAUUCCGCUGCAUGGAGAAACUGUGCGAUUCGCGCGAUCACGAGUGUUCCCACACGUGCCACAAUGCACCGGAGGGAGUUGUUUGCUCCUGUCCGCCACAUUUGUUCCUUCAGCCAAAUGGGCGCGAUUGUUCGCACGCACAUGCCUGUGAAGCUUGGGGAACUUGCUCCCAGAAUUGCCUCGCAAAAGAUCGGCAUUAUCGAUGCGAUUGCGCCGAAGGUUACACACUUAUGUACGAUAAGUUUAGUUGCCGCAGUAACGCACGCGAUGCGCCGUAUGUGAUCUUUAGCAACCGCCAGGAGAUACUCGGUGUCGAUCUGAAUACGCAUGCGGUGAAAAGCUUCUACACUUCGCUGCGCAACACGAUCGCACUGGACUUCCUGUAUCGCAACGAUUCCAUACAGAUAUUCUGGUCCGAUGUGCUGGAUGACAAAAUCUACCGCGGUACGCUGCGGAAUGAUACGCUGAGCAAUGUAGAGGCGGUCGUGCAGUCGGGCCUCUCGACCGCCGAAGGAUUGGCAGUGGAUUGGGUUGGGAUGAAUAUUUACUGGAUCGAUUCGAAUCUCGAUCAGAUCGAGGUAGCAAAGACGAACGGUAGCUUCCGCCGGACGCUGGUUGCGGGUGAUAUGGUGAACCCACGAGCGAUCGCUCUAGAUCCCCUGGUGGGGGUACUGUUUUGGACGGAUUGGGAGGAAGGAUCACCACGAUUGGAACGCUGCACGAUGGCUGGCGAGAACCGGACGGUGAUCAUGUACGUGGGCUCGGAUGGUGGUUGGCCGAAUGGGAUCGCACUCGACUAUGUGCUGAAGCGGGUGUACUGGAUCGACGCUCGGUCCGAUUCGAUCCACACGAUCAUGUACGAUGGUAGCGAUCACCAUCUGGUAAUCAAGGAUCAGUCCGUCCUGGCCCAUCCGUUCAGUAUAACCGUGUUCGAUAACUACGUGUACUGGACGGAUUGGCGGACGUACUCGGUGAUUCGGGCCAACAAAUGGGACGGUUCCAAUGUGACGGUGAUCCAGAAAACGCAAAGCCAACCGUUCGGCAUUCAGAUACUGCACUCGAGCCGGCAGCCAAACUCACAGCCCAAUCCCUGCGGGGACAAUAACGGAGGCUGCUCGCAUCUCUGCCUGCUCAGCACUGGCAACCGGCACGAGUGUGCCUGUCCGCACGUUAUGCGGCUGCACGCCGAUCGAAAACAGUGCGUACCGAAUGAGGAAAUCCUUCUGUUCGUUGUGCUGACGGAGAUCCGGGGGGUGGAUCUGCAGCAACCGGCUCACUACACCAUUCCGACGAUCAGCCACCAGACGCAGGUGGUACAUCCGGCCGUGCUCGAUUACGACAUCAGCGCAACACGGCUCUACUGGAACGACAUUCAGUUGAAUGAAAUUAAAUCCUCGGGGCUGGCCACGGGACCGAUCGAAACCGUGCUCGAUACGGACAUUUCGAAUUCGCUCGGGUUUGCCGUCGAUUGGAUUUCCAAGCUGCUCUACUUCUCCACCGGCAACGAGACGCACAGUCGCAUCAUGGUGAGCAAUCUGCACGGAGAGUACGUAACGGAGUUGGCGCGCGAUCUACUCCUCGUCAACAGUCUCGUCGUUUAUCCAACCAGAGGAAUGAUGUACUUUGCGACAAAGCGUGACACACCGAAGCUGUACGAACUGUAUGCCAGCCGGAUGGAUGGAUCCGAGCGUCAGCUCAUCAGCAACUCCACCUUCUAUCCCGUCGAAAGUCUGGCGCUGGAUUUCGAAACCAGCCGGGUGUACUACAUCGCAUCGCGACCCGGGGAAAUCUACUACUAUGACAUCGGUACUGGCAAGAUCAUUCAAGUGUUGCCAUCGAGCGAGAACAGCCAUCCGAUUCGCACGAUCACCGUGUACCGUGAGUCGAUCUACUUCGACAACAACCAAGAUGGACGAAUCAUGCGAUGCAACAAGAACCUGUGCCAGAAUGCGACUCCGGUGCGCAACAACACGAGUGGGCUGAAUGCAAUCCGCAUGUACCAUCCGGGGGCACAGAGUGGCACAAACUCGUGCCAAAACCCGUCAUCGUCGUCAACGGGCUGCGAACAUCUGUGCAUUCCCGUUUCGGCGCAAAGCCACGUGUGUCGCUGUGCCAUGGGUUACCGGCGUGAUGGGCGGAAUGCUUCUCGCUGCAUCGGAAUGGAUGAUGUGCUCGUUUAUUCCGUGGGUCAUCAACUGAAGGGGCUUGCUCUAGGGAAUGAGAUGGAUACACGACCCGAGGGUGCCCUUGGUCCUCUGCAGCAAAUCUCGCUGGCGACGAGCAUCGACUUUCAUGUGGCGCAUGACUACGUGUACAUUGCCGAUGCGGACCGGGGUUCGAUAACGCGCAUCAAGCGUGAUGGCAGUGGGCGUGAGGUGAUCAUUAGUAACUUUGAGCAGGUGGUUGAUAGCAACACGGUCGAUUGGUUGGGUGGAAUAGGAAUCGAUUGGGUAGCGGAUAAUGUUUACUGGACCGAUCAGAAGCGCAAUCUGAUCGAAGUGGCGCGCUUGAAUGGAAGCCUCCGGUACGUGGUCGCCUCGGACGUGGAAGGUCCGCAACUGUUGGCGAUUGAUCCGAUCCAGGGCUACCUGUUCUACGCCAGCCGGGACACGAUCGGGCGCAUGGGUCUCGAUGGGUCGGGCAACUUCAUCCUGGUAAACAAAUCCACCGGCAUCAGCGAUCUGGCGCUCGAUCUGGACAAUCAGGUCGUGUACUGGUGUGAAAUGUUGUCCGAUACGAUCUGGAAGGUGGACUACGAUGGUAAUCUGAAGCGCCUGCUGCUCAACGGAACGCUUCACAAUCCGAAAGCGUUGGAUCUGUUCGGUGGCAACAUUUACUGGACGGAUUCGCGCGGUAACAUCAUCGUCGCGCCGGUCAACGACAUCUUCAACUACCGUACGAUCGUCGAAUCGCAGGAAGAAUCUUCCCUCAAGGAUAUCAAAGUGUUCUCGAGCCGGCGGCAAAGCAAAACGAAUGCCUGUGGUUCACAGAACGGAGGAUGCCAAGAGUUGUGCUUGUUCAAUGGCACCCAUCCCAUCUGUGCCUGCUCCCACGGGAAGGUAUCGAUGCGGGACAACAAAACCUGCGAACCGUACGAAAACUUCCUCAUCUUUUCACGCCAAUCUGCGAUUGAAAGCAUCCACAUGACGGACGCCAGCAACAUAAAUGGGCCGAUCGCGGAGAUCAAGAAUGCAUCGUUCGUGAAGAACACGAUCGCCCUGAGCUACCAUUACGACCGUGAGCUGAUUUUCUACUCCGACAUCGACCACAGUACGAUCAACUGUGUGUUCUUUAACGGUACCAACCAUCGGCGGCUGGUCGGGAAGCAGCUGACGGUGGAAGGGCUUGCGUUUGAUAUGCACACGCAGGUGCUCUACUGGACGUCGAACAAUGAGGCCGCCAUUCGAUCGCUCGAUUUGAACAACGCCUCCUUCGAUGAUCCAGUAGCGAACGGAGCACUGGUGCAGGAUGUGAUUAAGCUGCGGGCCACGGAUAAACCGCGAGCCAUCGCCGUCGAACCGUGCCUUGGAAUGGUGUACUGGACGAACUGGAACCAGCAGGCACCCUCGAUACAGCGUGCGUACCCGUCAGGGUACGGACUGGAGAGCAUCAUUACGAGCGACAUCCAGAUGCCGAACGCACUGACCCUGGAUUACGCGGCACGCAAACUGUACUGGGCCGAUGCGAUACUGGAUAAGAUCGAACGAGCGGACUACGAUGGGCGGCAUCGUGUCGUGUUGACCCACUCCUCGCCGAAGCACCCAUUUGCGAUGGCCGUUUACGGUGAUCUGCUCUUCUGGACCGAUCUCACGGUGCACGCGGUGAUCCGGGCGAACAAAUACUCCGGCAGUGAUGCCGUGCUGUUGCGCCGUGAUAUCGCUCAACCGAUGGGCAUCGUUGCGGUCCAGCGGAUCGACAAAGCGUGCGCCGUCGAUCCGUGUCUCGUGGUGAAUGGAUUCUGUGAGGAUGAGUGCCUUACCGAUGCUUACGGGAAAGUGGUGUGCCACUGCACUAACGGCAUCCUCGCUCCGGACGGUCAACGGUGUCUCCCGAAGGCCCCGGCGAACUGUUCCGCCUCGUCAGAGUUUACCUGCAGCAACGGUAACUGCAUUCCGUUUCACCUGACGUGUGAUUCCAUCAACCACUGCGAGGAUGGUUCGGAUGAGCUGGUUAGCUACUGUUCCCAUCGAGCGUGUCCGAGCGGAUUCUUCCGCUGUAACAAUGCCCGAUGCAUUGCCCAGAGUGCACGGUGCAAUGGGGUGCAGGAUUGUGGUGAUGGUAGCGAUGAGCAGACCUGCCCGUGUAAUAAUGCGACCCAGUUCACCUGUGCCAGUGGGCAGUGCAUCGCGAAGGCACUGCGGUGUGACAUUGAGCCGGAUUGUAGGGACGCCUCGGAUGAGAUGGGAUGCACGGUGAUGCGCAACUGUGUGGCCGGAUUCCUCAAGUGCCCAAACACGACCGCUUGCUACCUGCCGACGUGGCGUUGUGAUGGUGAGAACGAUUGCUGGGACAAUGCCGAUGAGCUGGACUGUCCAACGGCCAUACCGACCUGCCCGGAGGAUAAGUUCCUGUGUGCGAAUGGGCGCUGCAUACCGCAAACGUGGCGCUGUGACGGUGAGGAUGACUGUAGCGAUGCGGGCCACGGUGGAGACCACCAUCGUUCCGUCAGCUCGGAUGAGGUCGCUUGCGUGCAGCACUGCAAAACGAACCAGUUCAAGUGCACCAACACAUCGGAGUGCAUCUCGAACAGCUGGCAGUGCGAUGGAACACCGGACUGUAGCGAUGGUUCGGAUGAAGGGGAGCACUGUUCCCGGUUGCACUGUCUCGAGAAUGAGUUCCAGUGUUCGCAGUCGAAUCGCUGCAUCCCGCACCAGUGGGUGUGCGAUGGUGACGUGGAUUGCAAGGACACCCAGGACGACGAAAAGGGAUGCGAUGAACGGGCAACCAUGCUACCGGUGUGCGAUAAGACAGAGUUCCGCUGUGACAAUGGAGAGUGCAUCAGUGCGCUGCACUUUUGCGAUACCGAGGUGGACUGUGUGGAUGGAUCGGAUGAACCGGCGGACUGCGUGUACGAUGAGGAUGAGGAAUCGUCAACCGGUGGACAUGCGAGCUGUGACGAUCCGGUGCGAGAGUUCCGAUGUGCCAACGGGCGGUGCAUCGAGCGGAAUCUUACCUGCAACGUGAACGAUGACUGUGGCGAUGGUUCGGAUGAAGAUGUGCCACUCUGCCGCAACACGACGUUUAUCUGCGCCGGUCCCGAUCUGUUCCGGUGCGAGAGUGGUGCCUGCAUUCCCAGCACUAUGCUGUGCGAUGGUGCAAAUGAUUGUGGCGAUUGGAAUGACGAAACGUUGUGCGAGGUGAACGAGUGCACGAUGCUUCCUAAUCUGUGCGAUCAUCACUGUGAAGAUCGACCGGUUGGGUACGAGUGUAGCUGUCGGGCGGGGUACGUUGUGGACAAGAACGAUCAUCACCGGUGUGUGGAUUUGGACGAGUGUAACGAUCCGCAUAGCCCACGGCCCUGCACCCAGACGUGCAUCAACACGCACGGUUCCUAUCACUGCGAGUGUUUGGAGGGCUUUGAGCUGAACAGUAAUG